AUGAAUAAAGCAAAAAGUCAACAAGUUGACAAUUAGGAUUAACAAAAUCAAUUAUAUAUUAAAAAAACAAUAAAUUAAAAUAUGGGGGUUAGUUAGUAUUUGUAUUUAAUUAUUAAUUAUCACCGACUUUUUCCAAAAAGGAAGCAUUCAUUUAAUUAUUAAAUUUUAUUUAUUGCAAAUGCCCCUGAUUCAAAUUAACCAUUUUAAAGGAAAUUUACUUUGGCUCAAUUUAAACCUUAAACAAAAUCAAUAUCUCAAUAUUUUAGUGAUAACUAUCAAAAAUACCUAAUACCGCAUAAACUGAAUCACCUAAUAAUAACUUAUAACAAGUCCUCUUGA